AGUAACGUCAACGUUAACGUUAGUUUGAGCGGUUCCUCCCCGCAGUCUGCGGCUCGCUCCUCGUCUCACCAUGGCCGGACUUUACAGAGCUUCCCUCUUUGUUCUUGCCUUCGUUUUAACGACCACAAAGGCGCAAACGCCGACUUCUUCUCCAGCUCCGACUCCUUGUGCCUUGAGGUCCAACACCAGUUGUGCUGAAUGCCUGCGGAAUGUGACCUGCUUGUGGUGCGCACCCAGCAAACAAUGCAUCGACUAUCCAGUGAGGAACAUCCUGCCCCCCAGCAGUGUGUGUCCAUUGAAUGACGCACGAUGGGGCUUGUGUUGGGUGAACUUCCAGAUUCUGAUCAUCACCAUGUCAGUGCUGGGUGGCGUCUUCGUUAUCGCCAUUCUCGUUUGCUGCUGCUGCUGCUGCAAGUGUGAAAGAAUCGGGAGUAAGAGAGAAGACGCUAAAGUGGAGCGGCAAACCCGUGCGAGGAAGAGCCGUCAGAAUGUGAAGAGAACAGAAAUGCAGCUGAGACACGAUGAAAUCAGGCAGAAAUACGGUAUAGCAAAGGAUAAUCCAUACGCCCGAAUGAACAAUCCGUGAGAAGGAUUUUCACCAUGAUGCCAUAAGUAAAUUGCUUAAGGAGAUUUUACUGAUGCCAGUGACAUUGAAUACAUAUGUAGCAUAUAAGAAACAGAUUAUUUGAUUUCAUGCCUGCAAAAAACACCAAUAUGUUCUGAAAUUAGUUUGUGCACUAUACAUGUAAAAAUGUUCUGUUCACCUAAUGUUUUAUAUUAUAUACACGUUGUUCUCUGUUGUUGUACCAGAUUCAUAAUUCUGUAUAAAUUAUUAUAUUACAAUGUGUUCAGUUAACUUUUUUUCUGUCAACACAAGAAACAUAGAUGUGGCAAAUCAGUCAAAACAAAAUUUCCACCAUGAUACACAAACAUUUGUUUAAUUUACCAUAAAAUGCACUGUUUCUAGAUGUAUAUAACUCAAGAGUGGAUAAGAGCUUGUGGUGCUUCUGUUAAAACUUGCAGUAUUGUUGUCAUACUAUAUUAUGACACACACUAUUUUACUGAUUUUAAUUCAUGUCUCAAGGACAUCAUUUAUUUUUAUAUAAAAAGCUCAUUUGUCACAUGUAACUAAUUUAACACCUUUUGCCUUCAGAAUUUGUUUAAGAACUUUCCUGGAUAAAACAAAUGUAACUAAAUGUGAAAGAAGUAUUUUGUUGCCGCUUUUGUAAAAAUAAAUUGAAAUGAAAUCGA